AUGGAGUGCAACAAAGAAGAGGCUGUUCGGGCUAAAGCUAUUGCUGAGAAAAAGAUGCAAUGCAGAGACUUCAUUGGAGCACGAAAAAUGGUCCUCAAAGCCCAACAACUUUUCCCUGAUCUUGAGAACGUAUCACAAAUGCUUACUGUCUGCCAAGUGCACUGCUCUGCAGAAAUAAAGGUCAUUGGGUCCGAGGACUGGUAUGGAAUCCUUCAAGUAGAACCCACUGCGGAUGAAUCCUUGAUCAAGAAGCAGUAUCGAAAGCUUGCUCUCUUGCUUCAUCCCGACAAGAACAAGUUUGCUGGUGCGGAAGCUGCCUUUAAGCUAGUCGGGGAGGCACAUAGGACACUUUCAGACAAGUCCAAGCGUUCAGUUUAUGACUUGAAGAGGAGUGCUGGCGUAAAAACUGUAGUAUUUAGCACACAAGCUCGUCAACAGGGCAAGGCCUCUGAUACCAGAGGGCAACCUGCAGCUCCUAGCAGUUAUCCAAACCAUGGCUCAUCAUUCACCAACGUUAACCAGACUCAGGCGGCCCACCAGCAGCAAACGCAGGCUGCAUUUGGAUCUCUGACAUUUUGGACGCUAUGUCCUUCCUGUGGAAUAAGAUACCAAUACUACCGAACCAUUGUCAACAAAGCUCUCCGUUGCCAGAAUUGCUUGAAACCUUUUAUCGCUCAUGACAUAAAUGUGCAGGGUGUACCUGGAGCUGUAAACUUCAGCUGUCCUGUGAACAAACCUGGAUUCUCUCAUCAGAAUGAUUAUCAAGGUAAUGAUAGCAUAACCAGUAGACAACCGAGUAAGAGCGAAGGACCUGGUGGCCGCUCUGUUCUGCAGCCUGACACAAAGAUAUUUGGCCCCGGGUGUAGCCAAAAAACGAAACAAUUUGAUGAAGUGGAGAAUGGAAAUGCUAUGAAGAAGAAAGUGAAGAUUGAAGAGGUUAACCUGGCGAAACCAAACCAGACGGAGCCAAAUAUGCAGCCAUCAGGAAAUGCCAACCAGAAACGAGGGAGAAAGAUGGUGGUGGAGUCCAGUGAUUCAGAUUCCACUGACAGUGAAGCAACUAUGAAGGAAUCCGAGCCUGAUGUAGUAAAGAAUGAAGGGACCAGUGGCAACCAUCGUCCACGAAGAUCUUCGAGGCAUAAACCAAAUGUUUCGUACACUGAAGAUAACAGUGACGGUGACGACUCCAAAAAAUCUACUGGUUUUAAACGGCUGAGGAAGAAUUCUUCACCUCAUAGCGAUGAUCAGCGUACCAAACCAUCGUCUGGUGUUGGUGUUGACAAAGUUGAAGAGCCAAUGGAUGCAGCUCCUGCUUCCUUAAAUAAAUCUGUUUCUACAAAGGAGGGAACUUUGGCUGGAGAUGGUUCACCAGCCAAGAAUAACUGUGAAGAAACCUCACUGAAGGAAUCUGGAGAUCGUAAAUGUCAAGAUAAGGUGAAGGCGAUUCCCGAAGAUGGUAUGAGUGCGAUGUCUAGCUCGAAUAUGAAUGAGCGGAAGAUCAACACCACCUUCCUGGACUACCCUGAUCCAGAAUUUUAUGACUUUGAUAAUGAUAGGUCUCCAAAAUGCUUUGCUGUUGGUCAGAUCUGGUCACUGUAUGACUAUGUGGACGGCAUGCCUAGAUUCUAUGCUCUUAUUAGGAACAUUUCUUCUUCUGGAUUUAAGCUGCGGUUUACUUGGCUAGAACAUUUUCCUAUUGGCCAAGCUGAGAAGGAUUGGUCUGACGAAGAACUGCCUGUGGGUUGUGGGGUGUUCAGGCUUGGAAGAACCGAAACCACCGAGGACAGCCGAGUGUUUUCUCACCUAAUGCCUUGGAACAAAGGCCCAAAGAGGAAUCCUUAUCUGAUAUAUCCUAGAAAAGGUGAAGUCUGGGCCCUCUUCAAGGGCUGGGAUCUCAAUUGGAGCGUUGACCCAGACCAACAUCGACAGUAUGACUACGAGCUCGUGGAGGUUCUGUCUGAUUUUGCGGCGGACACAGGUGCAGACGUUGUGUCUCUGGUCAAGGUGAAAGGGUUUGUGAGCAUCUUCUGUCAGGCAGGCGGAGGGAGACAGAGCCCUGCUCACAUCCCCCAUGACGAACUGCUCAGAUUCUCUCACAUGGUGCCUUCCUACAGAAUGACUGGAAAGGAAAGAGAGGGCAUUCCAGAAGGGUUCUUUGAGCUGGACUCUGCUUCUCUUCCCAUUAAUGUGGAGCAAACAUCUCCUUCAGUGGCUCUCCAUGAGGUUAGCCCCAGCAUUCAGGAUCCAUGCCAAGAAAACUGUGCAGCUCACUCAGAUGAUCAAGCAGGAGGAAGUAAGGUCAAUGAUCGUCAGGCUGACAAGGGAGUGCCCAGCUCCAGUGUUGACCCUGUGGAGCAGAACGGCAAUGGGUCUCCCCCAGAUCUUCAGAGUCCCACCUACAUUGUGUACCAGGACUCUGAGUUCUACGAUUUUGACCUGGACAGAGUGAAAGAGAAGUUCCUGGCAGGUCAGAUCUGGGCACUCUACUGCGAGGAUGACGGCUUCCCAAAGUACUACGGCUAUGUGAGGAAGGUCGAUCCAGAAGACUUCAAGGUGCACCUGACCUGGCUGGAAGCUUGCCCGCGGUCGGAACAGGAGGCCAAGUGGUCGGUCAAUGGCCUCCCAUUCGGCUGUGGAAGAUUCAAGCCCAUUUCUGGAAAGGAAGGCAAGGAGACUUACAGAGUCAUCGAGACCUUCUCUCACCUGGUGCAGCAGACAGAGCCUUCCCAGAGGCGGCUGCAGUAUGAUAUCUACCCCCAGGUCAACGAGGUGUGGGCGGUGUUCAGGAACUGGAGCGUUGACUGGAGUCUGUCUGACCUGGAGAAAUGCUCGGAGAAGGGAGAGUACGACCUUUUGGAGGUCACUGCAGCCUCGAGCUCUGCCAUAUCUGGCCAGGUCCUGGAGAAGGUGGAGGGGUUCAAGACGCUGUUCAAGCCCAGGAUGAGAAGCAGGGAGAGGGUCAAGGUGGAGAUCUCUUGCCAUGAGCUCUUGAGGUUUUCUCACCGGAUCCCUUCUUUCAGGUUGACCGAGGAGAGAGGUGGGAAACUGAGAGGGUUCCUGGAGCUCGACCCAGCGUCGGUGCCUGAUCUCAUUCUCUGUUCAAGCUAA